AUGGUGAUUGCAAAUAAUUCCAUAAGGCUACGAGAAAUUCAGCAGCGCAUAAUUGAGGAUGACACCACCUUCCAAAACAUACACAAUGUGAGCAUUUCUGUAUUAGGUCGUGUACUUGCCCGCAACAGAAUCCGAAUGAAACAAAUCUACAGAGUACCUUUUGAAAGAAACAGUGAACAUGUAAAACAGCUGCGAUAUGACUAUGUGCAGAGAGUGAUGGAGCUAGAGGCAGAUGUCAUGGGUCAUGAGCAGUUUUUUGUGGAUGAGGCUGGUUUUAACCUCACUAAGACAAGGAGAUGUGGCAGGAACAUUAUUGGACACCGUGCCAUAAUCAAUGUCCCAGGACAACGUGGUGACAGAUGUGUUUCUCCAGCUCUUCAGGUAAAGGCACCGCAGCUGGUGCUGGAGAAAGAAAGAGUCAAUCUGACCUGUGAAACCACAUGCAGUCUGACAGACGGAUUCAUCUGGUACAAAAAUGGACAGGCUUUAAAGAUCCAGAGCGAAACACUCCAGCUUCAGUCAGAGCGCAGUGAUUCUGGCCGUUACAGCUGCGCCGUCAGAGGACAUCAACACCUGCCCUCUCCUGCUGUCAACAUCACUGUCAUAUUACCUUGCUGUUUUACCUCUAGAUCCCCAAAGAGUGUCUCUGUGUCCAUCAGUCCGUCUGGUGAAAUAGUGGAGGGAGAUUCAGUGACUCUGAGCUGCAGCAGUGACUCAAACCCUCCUGCUCUGAUCUUCAGCUGGUUUAAGGAGAAUCAAACCUCAGCUGUUGGAUCUGGACAGAGUUUCAUCAUCUCCAGCUUUAACUCCAGUCACAGUGGACGCUACUAUUGUGAGGCUCAGAAUCAACAUGGAUCUCAGAGAUCAGCGUCUGUUUCAGUCUCUGUCAAAGUUGUAGGACAUUUGGUGAUAUUGUACAUAUUCAUUGGAGUGAUUUGUGGAGCUGCAGUUGGCAUUGUGAUAUUUCUAAUUUGGAGAAGCAGGUGGAUGAAAAAGCGAAAUGAUUCAAUGGAAUCUCAGAGGAAUCAUCCCAGACCUCAUCAUGACAGACAUAAAGCUUGUGAUGUGACUGAACCUGUGUAUGAGAACGUAACGAUUACUCAUCCCAGACCUCAUCAUGACAGACAUAAAGCUUGUGAUGUGACUGAACCUGUGUAUGACAAUAUAACGAUGAAUCAUCCCAGACCUCAUCAUGACAGACAUAAUGCUUGUGAUGUGACUGAACCUGUGUAUGAGAAUGUAACGCUUGAUGGGAAGAGGCUGUAGAACUUGUGAGCCUAAUAAGAUACCAAGAUGCAUGAUUCUGUAAAAUCUUAUAAGUCCUUUAAUGCAGCCUAAAUCUCCUGUUUGAAUCUUAGAUUCCUGUUCACUAAAGACAUUUAUACAUUAACAUACAUGUGAAGCUUCUUUAAAACAAUUGUGAAAUGCCAGACAAAUAAAACGGUCUUGAAUUGAGUUUACUUGGGCUCUUGACCAUCAAAUUUUAAUCUUAGCUUUUUUUCUGGCUGCUGUAACUGUGUUUGUAAAGCACAUUUGUUAUAGCAUGAAAAGCCAGGACAAUGUGUGAUUACGUGCUUUUGAUUAAUCAAGCCACUAUAAUGGUUACAUCAUUAUCAAUAAUCAAAGAUCAACCUCUGAAUGAGAUCAGUGAAAGACAUGGUGUGGAUUUUUUUUUUUUAACUGUUAGUUUGGUGUUGUUUACAGCUGCUAUAUGACCCUGAAUGAGAUGACAAACUGCUACUGA